AUGGAUGUCCAUCGUCAAGUGUUCUUCAAUUACCGGGGAGAGGAACUGCGAUACAACUUCAUUAGCCACCUCAUUAAAGCCUUUGAGAAGCACGAGAUCAACUUCUUCGUAGACAAAUACGAGCAGAGAGGCAAAGAUCUCAAAAAUCUGUUUGUAAGAAUUGAUGAGUCGAGAAUCGCGCUGGCCAUCUUCUCUACCAGGUACGCGGAAUCAAGCUGGUGCAUGGACGAGCUUGUGAAGAUGAAGAAGCUUGCGGACCAGAGAAAGCUCCAAAUCAUCCCAAUCUUCUACAAAGUGAGUGCAACAGACGUUAGAAAACAGACAGUGGAGAUCAGAUCAGGAAAUGGAAGGAAGCCUUGGAGUGUGUAUCCAACAAGAUGCUCUGAAGCCGAUUUUGUCAAGGAGAUUGUUAAGGAGGUCAAGAGAGUUAUAACAGCAACUGGUUUAGAGGAAGAAGAAGAUAUUCAUUUAGAGGAAAAAGGAGAAAGCUUGAGAACUGCACUCUCCAUGUAUGAUUGUUUCAGCAUUAUUGUCAGGUGUUGGGGCGUAGACAUGAACCAGAGGCUCUCGUUACUGGAGAUUCUCAAGAGAAUUGAGAGUUUCAAGGAAAAUGUACCCUCAGAUCAAUAA